CUGCCACGCUGUCGGUUGGCUGGAGGCUCUGGCUGCGUGUGGCCUAGAGGCAGUGAAUCAAAGUUUAGUUUCUCUAAAUCUUUAUGAAAUACUAACUCAACACAAACUCUUCCAUUUGAUUUAUAUAUUUGAACGAUGCUUUCUGCUAAACUAUUAUCUGGCAACAGCCCAGUUUUCAAAUGUCUGAAAACUUUACACUCCCGUUCGGCGCGAGCGUUCAGCGCCGGAGCCGCUUCGCUCGGCUCGGUGGGUUUAAAGGGUCGCAGUUGUCUCACAUUGAAAGAUUUCAGCUCAGACGAGAUCAAGAGGCUGUUGUGGGUGUCCGCGGAUCUAAAACACCGGAUCAAGCAGGAAAAGCAGUAUCUCCCUCUUCUGCAAGGAAAGUCCAUUGCGAUGAUAUUUGAGAAGAGGAGCACCAGAACAAGAAUGUCCACAGAAACAGGUUUUGCUCUGCUGGGUGGACACCCCUGCUUCCUCACCUCUCAGGACAUCCACCUGGGAGUGAAUGAGAGCUGCAGAGACACAGCGAGGGUUCUGUCAGGAUUCUGUGAUAUCGUCUUGGCACGAGUGUACAGCCACUCUACGCUAGAGGAGCUGGAUGAGGCGGCCUCCGUCCCCAUCAUCAACGGUCUGUCUGACCUCUACCACCCGAUCCAGAUUCUGGCCGACUUCCUCACUUUACAGGAGCAUUAUGGCUCCCUCAGUGGAUUAACAGUGAGCUGGAUUGGAGACGGCAACAACGUCCUCCACUCCUUCAUGAUGACCGCAGCCAAAUUGGGAGUUCAUCUUAAGAUUGCUACACCAAAGGGGUAUGAGCCAGAGAAGAGUGUUAUUCAGGAAGCACAGAAACUCUCCAAAGAGCAUGGGACCCAGCUCCUUCUGACCUCUGACCCAAUGGAGGCCGCCCACGGCAGCAAUGUUUUGGUCACCGACACCUGGGUCAGCAUGGGACAGGAGGAAGAGAAGAAAAAGAGGCUCAGAGACUUUCACGGUUACCAGAUUACAAUGAAGACGGGAAGUGUGGCUAAACCCGACUGGACCUUCCUUCAUUGUCUGCCCCGUAAAAUGGAGGAGGUGGACGAUGAGGUAUUCUACUCCUCCCGCUCCCUCGUUUUCCCUGAGGCUGAAAAUAGGAAGUGGACAAUCAUGGGUCUGAUGGUGUCUCUUAUGACUGACUACACUCCACAGACCCCCACGCCAAAGUUUUAAUGUCAGGUGCUCAUUUACAGCACCACCACAUGAAGAGAUGGAUUACUCCAAACUAUUUGUGUUUACACCGCUCAAUUAACUUUUUGAUUUAGGGCCCAGGUGGCAUGGUUUGCCUCAUCUCGCUGUUUGUUCAUUGGAAGACUGUUACUGUGCUAAGUUUUCAGUUUACAUUCUACAUUUGCUGUGAUUGAGAGCAAGGAUCGGGGAAAGCAUGAGGUUUACAGUUAGAUGUGUGUUUCUGAAAAGGAAAAGAUGAGCGACUUUAACUUUGUCUUGACUUUUCUUCCAUAAGCAACUCAGCCCAAGCGGAUCAUACCUGUGCCACUGUUUUUUAUAUUUUACAUUUUAUGUAACAGCAGACUAAUUUCCAUUGUUAGAGAAUUCUUUCUUUUGAAUCAGUACCUAAGAAAUCAACAUUUGGCUUGUGAAAGGUAAUCCACAGCAGCAGCAGUUUGGAUCACAUGUAAUGAUACAUACAGUUAAGAGUAUUUUGGCAACCACCUAGCCCCCCACUCCCUCCUCCCUGAUGUUGUGUUUCUGUUGACUGUAAACUGUAAAAAAAACAAACAAAAAGGAACUGUUGCCAAUAAUAAAACAUGUUCACACUUCACACAGGUAUUGUAAAUAUCUUGAGGCAAAUAAACAUUGUGUUUUUAAAUGAA